AUGUCCACUUCCAGCGUAGCCGAUGAAGAUUUUGCUAAUCGGAACAACAGUUUCUUCGUUUACAACCCCAAUCGCCUCUCCGGAGAAGGCUUCCCUAUGAUGAUGUCCCCUUGUAACCAAUCCUUUUUGCCUUUUACAAAAUCUUCUUGGUCUAAUUUCAGUGACACUGCAUCUCAGAAGAUUCCUCAGAAUGGCCUAAUUGGUUCACUUAUUCGUAAAGAAGGCCAUAUUUAUUCUUGGCUGCCAAGAAUGACAUUCUUUAUACUGGAAGAAGGGCUUCUGUACUUUACUUCUUGGGAUAUGACAUUUAAGGUUUGGAUAAUUGGGAAUUCUAAGUGUAUUGAAUCUGUUAAAGCCCAUGAUGAUGCCGUAAACUCGAUGGUGGCGAGCGUUGAUGGGAUGGUUUAUACCGACUCAGCCGAUAGGAUGGUGAAAGUCUAG